AUAGCCCAGAUAGAGCGAGAAUUAUGAACGGCUAAUCUCCUACCAUUAUGCAAGUAUCUUUUCAAACCGUAAUCUUCUUUCUGCAACUACACAAGGAUGAGAUGAUAUUUAAAUCCUUGGGUAAUUUCAGCCCUGUAAUUGUGUUCUCCAGUCCCAGCUGGUUUCCCGAAGCCCUGUUGUGCGGGGUUUGGAUGCGUGACAUAAACGUGUGAACGCCGGGGCUGCGCGGAGUUCAGCUCGUUCGAAGUGUGCGCGGUGAUCGCCCCUCGCGACGGUGAACAAUUAGCCCAAUCAGAACGCACGUCGCUGCGGGGGGGGGGAGGCAGGAGGGCUGCGGGAACAGGGCAGCUGCUCCUCGCGCUCUGCCACAGAGUCGUGCGCGCAGAUCGCAGCCCAGCUUAUCGGUGUCAGAGCCUCGCAGGGCGCUCGGCAUCUCGCGGCGUCUCGGAGCGCGGGGGGCGUGCGGAGCUCGCGCAACGCCAACGGCGCACAGCCACAGCACCGCGGAACCGCCGGGCAGCGAUCACAUCUCGGACAUGAAGCGGAGGGGCUGCGAGCGCGAUGGGGGGCGUCGCCGGGCCGCCCGGGCUUAGACCGGUGGCGGACGCGCAGUAGAGCCUGAGCAGGACUCGCACGUCGGGAGCGCGGAUGGAGAUCUGCAGCAGUCUGGUCUGACGGUGCAUGCACCGGAUUCCUCGGCGUUUUCUGAGAACUUGAGCGUCGCUGAGCGGGGAUCGCGAUCGAGAAGGGGAGACGCAGCGAGCGAGCGGAGCGCCAGAGCCGCAGGAUUGGUUCGCAGCGCGCUUUCCCUCCAGCCUCGAUACAACACCGUCCUUCUGGAGUAGCAGAGACUGGAGCGCUGCGCCGGGUUCCUGCGCAUUCCCGCCGCACAUCGCCAAGUGUAAUUGUAAUUGUAAUUCUGAUCGGGGGGUGUGUGAAGCGGACGUGCUCAUCCGCAGUGCCGAUGCGGCUGCGGCGGUGAAGCCCCCGAACCCAGCUAGCGCAGAACAAUGAACUCCCUUUUAAGAGGAGAUUGAUCACCAACUGGCCGACAGCUGAGGAAUCAGCCAUUUUUUCAUCCAUCCAGCAGAGGGGAACGAACUGACCCCUCUGUUCCACUGGCAAAAGAUGGCACCCUUUCCAUUGAAAUGGGCCUGUGUGACCCUUUGUUGCCUUUUUCGACCCCUGGAGGCCUUGUCAGCUUCAUUGGCCUCCUCCAAGCUGCAGCAGCCAACUGCCGCUGUGGCUGAGGAAUAUAGCACAUUUCGGGCUGAAAACCCUGAAUGGACCUUCAACCACCUGGCAGUAGAUGUCCGCAAUGGGAACGUAUACCUGGGAGCGGUGAACCGGAUCUACAAGCUGUCCUCCACCUUGGAACUGCAGGUGUCCCACCAGACAGGGCCGGAUGAGGACAACCGCAAGUGCUACCCUCCACGCAUUGUGCAGCCUUGCAGCGAGCCACUUGCUCUCACCAACAACGUCAACAAGAUGCUGCUGAUGGACUACCGAGAGAACCGGCUGCUGGCCUGCGGCAGCCUGUACCAAGGCAUCUGCAAACUGCUAAGGUUGGACGACCUCUUCAAACUGGGUGAGCCCUCACAUAGGAAGGAGCAUUACCUGUCCGGCGCCAAUGAAAGUGGCUCCGUAUUCGGGGUCAUCGUGUCCUAUGGUGACUCUGCGCCGGACAGGCUCUUUGUGGCCACGGCUGUGGACGGCAAACCCGAGUACUUCCCCACCAUCUCCAGCCGCAAGCUGGCACGCAACUCCGAGGCAGACGGCAUGUUUGCUUAUGUGUUUCAUGAUGAAUUUGUGGCCUCCAUGAUAAAAAUCCCAUCAGACACAUUCACCGUGGUGCCAGACUUCGAUAUCUACUACGUAUAUGGCUUUGCCAGCGGGAACUUUGUGUACUUCCUCACACUGCAGCCGGAGAUGGGGGGCCCAGUGGCUGGCUCCUCAACUGCCCGCGAGCAGGUGUACACCUCCAAACUGGUCCGGCUCUGCAAGGAUGACACAGCCUUCAACUCCUAUGUGGAGGUGCCCCUGGGUUGUGUGAAGGCUGGAGUGGAGUACCGCCUCCUGCAGGCUGCCUACUUAUCAGAGGCAGGCGCAAUCCUCGCCCGCUCACUGGGUGUGGCCCCUGGUGACCAUGUCCUUUAUGCCGUGUUCUCCAAGGGACAGAAGCGACGUCCUCGGGAAGAGUCGCAGGAGUCAGCACUGUGCGUCUUUGCACUGCGGGACAUCAAUGAGCGCAUCAAGGAGCGACUGCAGUCCUGCUACAAGGGGGAGGGCACACUAGACCUGGCCUGGCUCAAGGUGAAAGACAUUCCCUGCAGUAGUGCGCUCCUGAGCAUUGAUGACAACUUCUGUGGACUGGACAUGAACGCACCACUUGGGGUAUCAGAGAUGGUGCGUGGCGUUCCCCUCCUCUCCGAAGGGACAGACAAGAUGACCUCAGUCAUUGCCUAUGUCUACAAGAACCACUCGUUGGCCUUCGUGGGAACCAAGAGCGGCUGCCUGAAGAAGAUCCGUGUGGAUGGGCCAUCCCAUGGUGCCCUGCAGUAUGAGACCGUUCAGGUGGUGGAAAACGGGCCUAUUCUGCGCGAUAUGGCCUUCUCCACGGACCACCACUUCUUGUAUGUCAUGUCGGACACACAGCUGACACGGGUGCCAGUAGAGGUGUGUGGCCAGUAUUCCACCUGCAGCAAGUGCCUCGGCUCUGGGGAUCCGCACUGUGGCUGGUGUGUGCUGCACAACAUGUGCACAAGGAAGGAGAAGUGCGAGCGCUCCUUGGAACCCCGGAGGUUCGCCUCAGAUGUCAAGCAGUGCGUUCACCUCAGCGUCCAUCCCAACAACAUCUCUGUGUCUCAGUAUAGCGUCAUGCUGGUCCUGGAGGCCCACAAUGUGCCUGAGCUUUCCGCGGGUGUGAACUGCACCUUUGAAGACUUGGCCGAGAUGGAUGGGUUUGUAGAGGGCAACCGGAUAAAGUGCAGCUCGCCGGCCGAGAAGGAGGUGCCCCGCAUUAUUGUUGAUAAAGGAGAUCACCAGAUCGUCCAGUUGUACCUCAAGUCCAAGGAGACAGGCCUUGCCUUUGCCAACACCAGCUUUGUCUUCUACAACUGCAGUGUCCACCGGUCGUGCCUGUCCUGCGUGAGCAGCCCCUAUAGAUGCCACUGGUGUAAAUACCGUCACAUGUGCACCCAUGACCCUCGCAGCUGCUCCUUCCAGGAGGGUCGUGUCAAGCAGCCUGAGGAGUGCCCCCAGUUGCUGCCUGCAGAACGGAUCCUGGUACCAGUGAAUGUGGUGAAGCCCAUCACCCUGCGAGCACGGAACCUGCCCCAGCCACAGUCAGGCCAGCGAGGCUAUGAGUGUGUGCUCAUUAUCCAAGGGCUUGAACACAGGGUUCCUGCCCUGCGCUUCAACAGCUCCAGUAUCCAGUGUCAGAACACCUCUUACUCCUAUGAUGGGAUGGAGAUGAGUAGUCUGCCAGUGGAGCUCACAGUCAUCUGGAAUGGGGACUUUAGCAUUGACAACCCAGCCCAAAACAAAGUUCACCUGUACAAGUGUGAUGCCCGGCGGGACAGCUGUGGCCUUUGCCUGAAGGCUGACCCAUUGUUUGGCUGUGUGUGGUGUAACGGAGAAAAGCGCUGCACUCUCAAGCAGCACUGCCCGCACCCAGAGAGCCAGUGGCUACAGCCGUCAGGUCCCAACAGCAAGUGCACCCACCCCAAAAUCACACAGAUCACACCUCUCCGAGGGCCCCGAGAGGGCGGGACGCUCGUCACCAUCCGGGGAGAGAAUCUGGGUCUGGACUUCAGAGAGAUCCAGGGUCAUGUGAAGGUGGCCGAGGUGGAUUGCACUCCAGUGUUGGAAGGCUACAUCCCAGCAGAGCAGAUCGUUUGUGAAAUGGGGAAAGCAGAGAAGAGUCAGUAUGCUGGGAAUGUACAGGUGUGUGUUGGGAACUGCAGACCAGAGUUCAUGGCUACCUCUUUCAAGUACUACUAUUUUGUGGUUCCCAAGCUGCUUCAUCUGAAGCCCAGUCGAGGUCCUGUCUCCGGGGGAACCAUUGUCAACAUCACUGGAAGUAACCUAGAUGCUGGCAGCAAUGUCUCCAUCAUGUUCAAGGACCAGAAGUGUGUCUUUCACAGGAGAGGUGGACAAUGGAUAACCUGUAGGACACAAGCCUCGCUUAAUGGAUAUGGCAACGUCACCGUGUCAGUGGCUGUGGACAAGGCCCACCUGCAGAAGGACCUAAGGUUUGAGUACGUAGAAGACCCUACUAUACUUAAACUGGAGCCCGAGUGGAGCAUCUUCAGUGGGAAUACUCCAGUGACGGUGACUGGGACUAAUCUGGACAUCAUCCAGAACCCCUUAAUCCGAGCCAAGUACAAUGGGCUGGAGAGUGUCAAUACGUGUCGUGUUCUCAGCUCCACGGCCAUGCUGUGCCAGGCUCCUGGAUUGCCUGUCAGCCUGAGUCGACAGCGGGAGGUGGCAGAGAGACCGGACGAGUUUGGCUUCGUCUUGGAUGAAGUCCGCGCCGUGCUGGCCCUCAACACGAGCAGUUUUGUGUAUUACCCAAACCCUGUGUUUGAGCCACUGAGUGCAUCUGGAGUGCUGGAGCUAAAACCAGGCUCGACCAUCAUCCUCAAGGGGAGAAAUUUCCUUCCUCCUGCUCCUGGAGGCAACGGAAAGCUGAAUUACACUGUCCUGAUUGGUGAGAAGCCCUGUGCAUUAACCGUCUCCGACACUCAACUGCUCUGCGAGUCACCCAACCAAACUGGACGCCACAAGGUUGUGGCACGGGUGGGUGGGAUAGAGUUCUCCCCAGGUGUGGUCGACAUCUCCUCAGACAGCCCGCUCAGCAGCACUGCCAUCAUCAGCAUCGCCGGGGCUGGGGCCCUCCUCAUUCUCUUCAUUGUCGUGGUGCUCAUUGCCUACAAGCGCAAGUCCCGCGAGAGUGACCUCACGCUGAAGCGCCUCCAGAUGCAGAUGGACAACUUGGAGUCCCGUGUGGCCCUGGAGUGCAAAGAAGCAUUUGCAGAGCUGCAGACAGACAUUCAUGAGCUCACCAGUGACUUGGAUGGAGCAGGGAUCCCCUUCCUUGAUUACAGGACCUACACCAUGAGGGUUCUCUUCCCAGGCAUUGAGGAGCACCCUGUUUUGAGAGACCUAGAGGUGCCUGGUUAUAGGCAGGAACAAGUAGAGAAGGGUCUGAAGCUCUUUGGCCAGCUCAUCAACAACAAAGUGUUCCUGCUGUCCUUCAUCCGCACACUGGAGUCUCAGCGCAGCUUCUCCAUGCGUGAUCGCGGCAAUGUGGCCUCCCUCAUCAUGACCGUACUGCAGAGCAAGCUGGAGUAUGCCACUGACGUGCUCAAACAGCUGCUCUCUGACCUCAUCCACAAGAACCUGGAGAGCAAGAACCACCCCAAGCUGCUGCUGCGCAGGACUGAAUCUGUGGCAGAGAAAAUGCUAACAAACUGGUUCACCUUCCUGCUAUAUAAGUUCCUCAAGGAGUGUGCCGGAGAACCGCUCUUCUCUCUCUUCUGUGCCAUCAAGCAGCAAAUGGAAAAGGGCCCCAUCGAUGCAGUAACUGGUGAGGCCCGCUACUCACUCAGCGAGGACAAGCUCAUCCGUCAGCAGAUCGACUAUAAGACAUUGGUAGUGAACUGCAUACACCCGGACAAUGAGAAGAGCCCGGAGAUCCAGGUCAAGGUGCUCAACUGCGACACCAUCAGCCAGGUGAAAGAGAAGAUCUUAGAUGCCAUAUACAAGAACGUGCCCUUCUCUCACAGGCAGAAGGCAUCCGACAUGGACCUAGAGUGGCGGCCUGGGCGAGGGGCAAGAGUGAUCCUGCAGGACGAGGACGCCAGCACCAAGAUUGAGGGUGACUGGAAGAGGCUUAACACGUUGACUCACUACCAGGUGCCUGAUAACUCAGUCGUGGCCCUUGUACCAAAGCAGGUCAUGGUCUACAACUCCGUAAACAACUCCACGGUUUCCAGGACGUCUGCCAGUAAAUAUGAAAACAUGAUUAAGUACACGGGCAGCCCAGACAGCCUGCGGUCCCGCACUCCCAUGAUCACGCCUGACCUGGAGAGUGGCGUCAAGGUGUGGCACCUGGUCAAGAAUCACGAGCACGGCGACCAGAAAGAAGGUGACCGUGGGAGUAAGAUGGUGUCCGAGAUCUACCUGACCAGACUCCUGGCCACCAAGGGCACGCUACAGAAGUUUGUUGAUGACCUGUUUGAGACUAUAUUCAGCACUGCCCACCGCGGUAGCGCUCUGCCUCUCGCCAUCAAGUACAUGUUUGACUUCCUCGAUGAGCAGGCGGACAAGCAUGGCAUCCACGACCCACACGUCAGACACACAUGGAAGAGCAACUGCCUACCUCUGAGGUUCUGGGUGAACGUGAUCAAGAACCCGCAGUUUGUCUUUGACAUCCACAAAAGCAGCAUCACGGACGCCUGCUUGUCGGUGGUGGCCCAGACCUUCAUGGACUCCUGCUCCACCUCAGAGCAUCGCCUGGGCAAGGACUCGCCCUCUAACAAGCUGCUCUAUGCCAAGGAUAUCCCCAGUUACAAGAGCUGGGUGGAGAGGUACUACUCGGACAUCGGCCGGAUGCCGGCCAUCAGCGACCAGGACAUGAACGCCUACCUGGCGGAGCAGUCACGCAUGCACACCAACGAGUUCAAUACUCUGAGCUCCCUGAGUGAGAUCUACUGCUACGUGGGCAAGUACAGUGAGGAGAUAGUGGAUGCGCUGGAGCAGGACGACAGUGCCAGGAAACAGAGACUGGCCUACAAGCUGGAGCAGGUGGUCGCUUUCAUGAGUCUGGAGAGCUGAGGACCGCAUUUCCCAGAGUGCACUGGGAGAGAUCAGAAACCGAGCCGUGCCUGAGCGAAGACCUGUCCCUCAUUACCUUUGCCAUCUCAGCUUUCAGAAAGUUUUGUUUUUUCUGCUGCAAAUGUUUGCGUUGCAUUAAUUCUACUGGGUAGACAAUUACUGGAGAUAAGGAAGAGGAGUGUGUCUGUGGGGCUGCUGGGCGGCAUCUUGCCACGUUGACCAGCUUGGGAAAAUUGUACUUUUAAUUAAGUUGCCUUGAAAAACCAUCUCUGAAACGAGGUUUAUUCUCAGUUAGUUCCAGCUUUUUGAAUAGAAGUAAACCUACCUGUAGUGUCCAGUCAAUUUUAGAACGAUAUUUAAAGUGAGGUAAUGAAGGGAGUAGGGAUGGUAUGUGUGCAUGUAUAUAUAGGUGUGUGUAAUAUAUACCUGCAUACAAAUACACACUCAUGCAAAAAGACUGAGUACCAAAUCAACAGACAGGAUUCAAGGCAUACAUACUGAAACCCUCUCCAUUGCUUUGAGGAGAAGUCUGAUGGACCCUGAAUGACUAGAAAUCCAAACAUGUCCAGCAGAUUGUGUACGGAGACAGUUAAAGUGCUACUACACCUUAACUGGAUUGAGAUCGUAGUCUUGGAGAACCGUACAACAUAGACCAAGACAGCGACUUUGCUGUCCGUUCACUCAUGCAUUUGUUCAUGCACCUGUUUACUCUGAAAAGCCAAGCUCCUUGGCUCAUUUUGUACACAUCUUGCUUCCUCUAUAGAAAAUUUAAACACAUUGUUAAACUG